AUGAGCAUUUCCACCCCCGAAAAGAAGUUCUACUACCUGGCCGGACAAGGUGUAUCUCACUCGAUCUCCCCAACAAUCCACCAAACCGUCGCGGACGCCCUGGGUCUUCCCUGGGAAUUCCAACUGUACGAAGCGCCCUCCGUAUCUGCGGUGAUCUCGACCUUCCGGCAGCCCGACUUCGCGGGCGGCGUGGUGACCAUGCCCUUCAAGCAGACGAUAAUGCCUUAUCUCGACCGGCUGGACGCCUACGCAUCGACCCUCAACGCCUGCAACAACGUGUACCUCUCACCCACCGGCGAGCUCGUCGGCUCCAACACCGACUGGAUCGGGAUCCUGCAGUGUCUGAAGUCUGCGUCGACCGCGGGCGUGGGUAGGCCCGCGCUUGUGGUUGGUGCCGGCGGCGCGGCUAGAGCCGCUGUCUACGCCCUGUUUGCCCAUCUCAACUGCUCGACUAUCUAUGUCAUCAACCGCCUGGCGGGCGAGGUUGAGGCGCUGCGUAAGGACGCGGCGAAGUAUGCGGCGACCGGCGGCCCGGAUAUCGUACACCUAGAGAGCGUGGAGCAGGCGAGGGCGCUGAAGCCCGAGGAGAGGCCGUACUAUGUUGUCGGCACGGUGCCGGAUUUCGAGCCGAAGACGGAGACGGAGGUGGCGGCGGCGGAGAUGUUGAAGUAUUUCUUUAGUACGGGGGAGAAGGGGGUUUUCUUGGAGAUGUGCUUCAACCCGAGGAGUACGAGGUAUCUCAAGGCGGCAAAGGCGAGUGGGUGGCCGGUUGUCGAGGGGAUCAAUAUUAUUGGCUGGCAGCUGGAUCAGCAGUAUGAGAACUGGGCUGGUAAGGACAGGGUGAAAGAGAUCCCGCAUGAGGCGGCGUGGGCGGCGCUGUAUACUGCGGCGGACAAAAACCGGUUUAUCAACAAAUAG